ACUGGAUGGGGUCUACUGAUGUAGGAUUGAGGUCUAUGGGCACUAAAAUGAAACAAAAAUUUGAUAAAUACUGGGGUGAUCCAUCUGUAAUGAACAAAUUGAUAUUCUUUGCAAAUAUCUUAGAUCCUAGGGAUAGAGUUGUGUAUUUGGAGUAUACCUUGACUCACAUGUAUGGUGCUCAUGAAGGGAAGUUUCUGUACUCUUUUCUGAUGGAUGAUUUGCAUGAACUAUUCAAUGAUUAUGAAUGCCAAUAUAAGAAAGAAAAGUCUGGUGGUGGCCAGACUAGUGUGCCAUCUGAAUCUGUUGGCCAUUUGUCCCAAGCAAAUUCUGUGUUGAAAGAGAGGUACCUACAGCAAAUGAUGGAGACUGGUGGAGUGGGAGGAACAAAGAAAACUGAGUUGGAUAUCUACCUAAGUGAGGGAGUAGUUGGAAAUGAAGAGAAUUUUGACAUUCUCAGAUGGUGGAAGCUAAACUCAGAGAGGUUUCCUAUCCUCUCUAGAAUGGCUCGUGAUGUUCUUGCUGUACCAGUCUCCAAUGUUGCUUCUGAGUCAGCAUUUAGCACGGGUGGAAGAGUGCUUGAUGAUUUUAGGAGUAGUUUGACUCCUGCACUUGUGGAAGCCCUUAUCUGCACUCAGGAUUGGCUAAAAGAUCCAACUCAACCUGUUUCUGUUGAGGAGUCUUUGGAUGAGUUGGAACAAUUUGAAGAAGGUUUACAAGAACCUGCCAAUGCUAACACUAAUGAAGCUAAUCCUAUAGUUUGUCUUUGUCUUUGCUUGAUUUACUUGAUCCUUGCUUGCUUUUUAUGACUUGCUGGAAGCCCUUGUUUGCUUAUUUGAUGGACUUAUUUGACC